CAGAAAACCAUUCCGAGCGCUGCUGGAGGGAGAGAGAGAUAAAGACCGCCAGCUGUUUGUGCUCGAGCACCGUGUCAACGACGGGGAAGUAUUGAGCAGAGGAUCAUGGAGUUGAAGACAACUCACCUACAUGGUGGUUACUGGUUACAGGUGCCCGCUGCUUCACCAUUUUACCAGCGAAACAGUAUGACAAGGGCGCGCCGAGACCUGGCGGUAAUUACCGGAAUGUCUGAGGGACAUUGUUUAGUCAUGUGCCUAAACCACCGUAUUGUCUAUUAGCGGAGACCGGAGUGGUUUCGAGAGGAGGAGGUGUAAGGGCAGACAGGUAGGAGUCUAUUGCUUCAGUAGUAGUUUCGUUUUCACUUCUUGUCACCUGGUAAAUAACCAACCACCAUGGAUAACCACAAGGAGAGUAAGACGAGGAAACAGUCAAUGAAAACCAAAUCUACAAAACGCAAAGAGAAGAAAUACAAAGCCGGGAAGCUUUUCAGGAGGAAAUCGUUGAAGUCCGUUGGGAAUUUUAUGAGCAGGAUACUGAAAACUUUGGGAACUUUGGCACACUUUGGCGACGUCGAGCCACCUGACGGCGAGGAUGAUGAUGGCGGGUUCAGAGACAGCGCCGCGUGCACGUUGAGUGCCAACUCAGGGAAUUUUAAUACAGAUGAACUUCGGGUCUCGAGGGAGAUUAAGGUGAAGAAGAGCGCUUCAACUUUGUCUCCUCAUGGAUCUAUAAAAGACAGGCUGUCGUGGUGCUAUGGCGACAAAACUCCCGGAGUCCUUGGGUUGAAGAAUCAUGGAAACACUUGUUUCAUGAAUGCGGUGGUUCAGUGCCUCAGUAAUACGGACCUGCUGGCCGAGUACCUUGGUUUGGAACAAUACAAGUCUGAUUUGUGUCAGGGGAGAGUAAACGGAAUUGUAAAAAACGAGGACGCGCAACUUGCCAGGGGUGAGGUGACCACACAGUUGGCAUCCUUGGUGCGGGCGCUUUGGACCCUUGAAUAUACACCUCAACUGUCCGUGGAAUUCAAGAGUAUUGUGUCCAAGUACGGCUCUCAGUUCAGAGGGAACUCUCAGCACGAUGCCCUGGAGUUCCUGCUCUGGCUCCUGGACAGCGUCCAUGAGGAUGCCAACCCCACCACCAACAACAACCACAGCGGCAGCAAGACCAAAGCCAACGGAAAGGGCCUGCUGGGUGGAGCGGAGGAGAGCCCUGUCUCCGGCCCAGCAGCAGCACAUCAGCCUAGGAUGCGGCACAGCUUCGUCCAGGACCACUUUCAGGCACAGUACAGGUCCUCCCUGACAUGUCCACAUUGCCUUAAACAGAGCAACACCUUUGACCCCUUCCUCUGCAUCUCACUGCCCAUUCCCCUGCGGCAAACCAGGUGUAUGAGUGUGACCCUGGUGUUCAGUACGAAGGGUCAGAGGUAUCUACGUGUUGGUCUGGCUGUGCCUCUCAUCGGCUCCAUCUCCUGCCUGCGUGCCAUGGUUGCUGAGGAGGGCAAGACCACGCCAGACCAGGUGGUCCUGUCAGAGCUCUAUGCCACCGGCUUCCAGCGUUCGUUCUCUGACGACGACGAUCUGACCAGCGUUGCUGAGAGUGAUGUGGUCUAUGCCUUCCAGGCUCCGCCCCUCCACACACGGGCAGGCUCCACGCGAAUGUCGGGCUUCCACCACAGCCUCCCAUCCUCGCCAUACACCUCAGGGCCAGAGGGUCAAAGGUUACCCCCAUCGACCACUCUGUCCUCAGAGUUUCUGAACCACGGUGGCUCCACCAAGGUCCUCCUCGUAAUCUGCAACACGGCAGGCUCCGGCCAGCAGGCUGUCAGGUUCGGCCCUCCCUUCCUCAUGAGAGAGGAGCGUACCUUGUCCUGGGACCAGCUCCAGCAGAGUAUCCUCAGCAAGCUCUAUUACCUGAUGCUGAACGGAUCACAGGCUCAGAAUGCAGGGUUGCUGUUCAAGGUCAGAGUGGUGGGAGGAUCUGCCUCCUACAGCUACCUGUCCCCACAAGAUGGACGCCCUCUCUUCCACCCUGCCGUGGACAGAGCCCUGAAGUUAUGUGGCCCAGGAGGACCACCCCACGUGAAGCUGGUGAUUGAGUGGGAACACAAGAUCAAAGAAUGUCUGUUUGGUAACAUCCAGGAGGAGGUGGUGAAGGACUCAGAGAGUGUGAGAGUCCAGCAGCAGCAGCACCUGCAGCAGCACAGCUGUACCCUGGACGAGUGCUUUCAGCUCUACACCAAAGAGGAACAGCUGGCCCCAGACGACGCAUGGAAGUGUCCCCACUGUAAGCAGCUCCAGCAGGGCAUGGUGAAGAUGUCCCUUUGGACCCUCCCCGACAUCCUCAUCCUCCACCUCAAACGCUUCCGACAGGUGGGCGAGCGGCGCAACAAGCUGUCCACCCAGGUGCGCUUCCCCCUGGCCGGGUUGGACAUGGCCCCCCACGUGGUGAAGAGGUCCCAGAGCAUGAGGAACCUGGGGGACCUGGGACCCUGGCCCCCCACAUGGAAACAGCCUGAAGGCAGCAGUCAUCAUAUUAGUCACCCAGACAUGGCCCUGCCUCCUGACUUCCUCUAUGACCUCUAUGCAGUGUGUAACCACCAUGGUGGGAUGCACGGCGGACAUUACACAGCGUACUGCAGGAACUCAGUGGACGGCCAGUGGUACAGCUAUGACGACAGCAGUGUGGACCUGGUGCCUGAGGAGGAGGUGUGUACCAGGGGGGCCUACAUACUGUUCUACCAGAGACGUAACGUCAUCCCCCCCUGGUCCGCCAGCAGCUCAAUCAGAGGCUCCACCAGUUCCUCCAUGUCGGACCACUGGCUGGUCCGUCUGAAUGGGGACAGUAAGAGGGGUAGUCUGGUGUCCCGCUCCUCCACCACCUGCCCCUCCUCUGUCCACGACUCCCCGGAGUCCCCCGUCUUCCUUGAUGACCCACCCAGAGAGGAGGAAGGUGAGGGGCCUGGGAAACAUGAGAUGCAUGGUAAACCAAAGAAAGGUGGUUUUGAGACCAGGCCGUUCGUACGGGGCAUCCAGGGUCGUAGCGUCAGCAUGAGGACCCCCACUAAGAACAAAGAGACACUGAACAAGGUCUUCCCGCUACGCUGGUCGUUCGGCUCCAAGGACCGCCAAAAUAUUGCAGCCGAGGCCGCCCCUGCUCCCAUCCCCACCCCUGCCCCUGUGGAACUGGUGGAGUACCUAGAGUCUGGAAGAAGACCUCGCUGCACCAAGGACUCUAUAGUCAAUUUAAUGACGGGCUCUGAGAGCCGGAAGGGUCCUGCCAUCAGCUCCCCCAGUGUGGGAAGCAGCCUGAACUGCAUGGGACAAUCAGAGUCUCCGCAGAUGCCAGAGGGCCAGAGAAAACCAGUCACAGACAAGACAGGGAGUCUGAGACGAAGUAGCAAAGGGUCCCAUCAGCAGCAGAGAGACCAGGGGGACCAGAGAGACCAGGGGGAUCAGAGAGACCAGAGAGACGAGGGUAGGAUGGGCAGUAGUAGUAGUACUAACACUCUGACCAGGAGGAAUACCAAGAAGAGUAAGGAGAAGGACCAGGGAAAGCCCCAAGAGGCCCCUUCUAGGAGGGGGUCUAGUGCAGGCGUCCAGUCCAGCUCCAGCACCCACAGCCUCAGGGACAGAGACUGGGAAGGCACCCUGAGGAGAGGGGCCAAGGGCCACCAGGACCCACCACCAAGGGACUGUCUGGUACCACCUGAGGGAGAAAAGAGAAGGAAGGGUGAGAAGGUAGAGGAGGCCUCCAAGAGCCACGAGGGGCUGCUGUCUUUCUUCAAAAGCAACUUCAAGAAGAAGGACAAGGAGUCGUCAUCGUCUCGCAAGUCCGACUCUGGAAAAGUUGGUGACGUCGGCGGGUCCAGCACCUCCCAGCUGUCCCUGUCCAGUGGAGCCCCAGGCGGGGCCACGAAGACGGGGGAGGCGAAAUCCAACGGAGCCCCCCGCAACGGGAGUGCCAAUCAUCUCGGAGACGAGCUACCCAAUGGUAAAGCCAGACGCGCCGCUGCUGCCCAUAUAAAACGCUCUCAGAGCUCAUCCAACAUCCCCAGCAAGGAGGAGUCUAGCAUGCGAAGGACCGCCUCUUUACACCGCAAAGGGCUGUCCCAUGACGUGGCUCCGCCCCCUCGCAGCCUCACAGCAGAGACGCCCUCCUACGGUACCCUGCAGAGGACUCGCUAUAGUACCAACUCAUUGGGACGCAAGAGGACGGUCCCAGAGUCCAGCUUUUAGCUGACACACACACACCCUGACACACACACACCAGGGUCGUUUUCACUAGGCACCAAACAGAAGAAAUGGACUGAACAGGGAGGGAUUAUCUUUGUUUGUCGAGUAAGAAAUGCUAUGUUUUCUACAUUUUGCUACAUUGACUUUGUGCACUAAUCAAUCUGACCCUGAUCAAAGCAAUGGAGCUCCACUGGAAGGAUACUCCUGUAGCACAGAAACACAGGUAUGUGAAAACCACACAAGGUGGCGUGGAGGGGUGUAGCGUCAGUGAAAGAGCCAUUCACAGGGCCAAGGAGAACAUUUAGGAAAGGUGACACAAAGUAACAUAAACAAAAUGUCAUAUCAGAAUGAAUAUUUUCUUAUUCCAGUUUUGAUUUUAUUUAUGUGUAAAAAAAUAUUGUGACUUAACAAGUGCCUCAGUAACUGAUAUGCAGUUUUUAACCAAUGAGUUUGUGGACACCUGGUCAGCACCGGAAGCACAUGUUUUAUUCACACAACUACAUGCACACACACACACACACACACACACACACACACACACACACACACACACACACACACACACACACACACACACACACACACACACACACACACACACACACACACACACACACACACACACACACACACACACACACACACACACACAGGCAUGCACACGCACGCACACACAUUAUCUACACUCGUGUCUUAAAAUCGUAGUAAAUGAAUGGCAUUCAUCACUAUCCUCCUCGGUCGGUUUGUCCAAUAGUGGCACCUAAAGGGAUGUUAUGACGGUGUCAUGACAAUACGUUUCGUUAUUAAUGUCUACACGCUCUAGAAGAUUUGGACAAAAACAUUGAUUCAUUGGAAGUUUACAUCAGAGCUUUAAUAUGUGAUUUCCUCCUAGAUUGAACUAUGAAUGAUUUAAUAACUGGUUGUACGUGCUGCUUGCACUGCAAACUGGCUGCUAUAUAGAUUCGCACAUUGCAAGUGAAGGUUAUGAUAUUGCACUUUCUACAAUGCCAAUGGUACCGAACUCUCCCUUUCAUGCAGUAAGAAGGGGACCCUCCUAACAAUAUAACUUGGCCUACGCAACACAUCCCUCUUCAUUCUUAAACUCGUGAAAAUAUGCAGUUUGACCACACAAUCCAUUAUUAUAAAUUCAAGUACAUUUAUAUGGAAAUUUGACAUUUUUAGCACUGAAAUCUGGCUUUAUGAUUCUAAGGAAAUGACUGUGUUUUAAAUGAGUACAAAAUGACCUCAGAUUGAUCUAUUCUUGCUACCGGUAGGUAAUGUAACUUUCUGAUGCUGAUACAUUGACAGUCUGGUGUGUAGGUCUAUGCGGUACUGUAUUAGAGAGGCUAGCGGUGUCGAUGGAUUGCAUCACUAUGCAGUUCUCUAUGAAGGAGCAUGCACUGUAACAGUAAGGUCACUGUAACAGUAAGGUCGCUGUAACAGUAAGGUCACUGUAACAGUAAGGUCAUUUAUUUGAAUCAUCAGACUGUCCACUACAGUAGGCAGUAGAUGCACUGCUCCAAUCACCCCUGAAUGUCACAUACGUGUUAUUUAUCAACCUUGAUGAGCUCUUUGGCCCCCCACUUAUCCAGUCUUACUUCUCAUCCUCUCUCUCUUCACUCCUCCACAUCAAUCCGUCUAAUCUUUUUUCCAUUUUUGUUUUCAUUCCCUGUCAUCCAUGGUGUCUCUCAUCAAGUCUCUUUGGCCACUGACUAAAGGUCCCCUCUGCUCCAAUCUGCAGAGCUCUCGCCUGGCGUUAAUGGCGUAGGCGUUCGAUUGAAACACCCUCGCUCUCACUGGGUUGAAAUUAGCGGUGUAAUUGGGUCGAGUCUCUACGGUACAAUAUCCCUUCUUAAGAGUCGUUAAGGUACACCGUGGGAAGAGGCUGUAGCUACUGGCAGAGUCACGUAAUGUCUGAGUCUGAGAACCUUUUACAUUUUUCACCUGUUAGUCAUCCAUUUUCCUUCCUGAAAGCUACAGUAUAUGUACAGCUGCAGUAUAUGUACAGCUACAGUAUAUGUACAGCUGCAGUAUAUGUACAGCUGCAGUAUAUGUACAGCUACAGUAUAUGUACAGUUGCAGUAUAUGUAC